AUGUACUCGCAGCCCACUUACUACCAACGCGAGCGCUCGUUCACGUCCCCGUCAGCGCCCCCAGCCAUCUCGGGGCACCGAUCGACGCCCCAAGCGUCAGCAACAGACCGUCGGGGCUCGCUGCCGAACCAGCAGAGCUUCGCUCAGCCUCCGUACUUGCAGCAGCAGCCGCAGCUGUACGGUCUUUAUCCUGAUAUUGGACAGCACCAUUACCCCCCUGCUCCGUCCCGAGACAGUUUCGUCCAGCAAUAUCAACAGCAAUUGCAACAGCAGCAGCAACAACAACAACAACAGCAGCAAGAUCAGUACAGUAGCGCCCCCUAUGGUCAAAACCCCCACACCCACUCACUCCGGCCGAGUCAGACGUUUGGCUCUCAAGGUGCCAUGCAGCAGCCACCCGCUGUUCUUCAGCGCGAACCAUCGCUGCAUGGCGGCUAUGGGCCAGUGCAGCCGCGCAGCUCCUCGUCGCCUCCGAGACCAAUCGGUUUGACACCGGAUGGGAGGAACUUGACGCCGUCGAGCGUCGUGGAGCUCCGAUUCCGCUGCAAGGGACUGAAGAAGUCUGACUUUUUUAGUCACUCGGAUCCUUUUGUCGUGCUGUACAUGCAAGAUGGCCAGAACAAGGGAUGGCAGGAACUUGGACGCACGGAAACUGUUAACAACACACCGGACCCGGUGUUUGUCCAGUCUUUCCAAGUGGAUUUCUUUUUUGAAGAGGUCCAGAGAUUACGAAUCGAGGUGUUUGACCGUGACGGUGCGUCGGAACGAUUAUCGGACCAUGACUUUCUUGGGUGCGUGGAGAUCACGAUGGGGCAGUUGAUGUCCGCCACUGGUCAGUCGGUAGUCCUCAAGCUGUUGCAGAAAGAUAACGGACGAGGACAUGUGCGCAAUUUAUCUGGUCACGUGGUGAUAGACGCCGCAGAAGUUUCGACAUGCGCUGAUAUGGUCUACGUCACGUUUACGGCGAACAAGCUGGACAACAAGGACGGCUGGUUUGGCGCUUCGGAUCCUUUUCUUAAUAUAUAUCGACUGCGAGAUGAAAAUGCCGAUCCGCUUGCAUCCACGUCCUGGGUUCUAGUGUGGCGCAGCGAAGUCAUCAUGGACAACUGUAACCCAAAAUGGCGUCGUGCAACUCUUAGCGUCCAGACGCUUUGCAACGGAAAUGUGUCGCUACUGCUCAAGAUUGAGUGCAUGGAUUGGGAAAGGAGCGGAAAGCACCAGUUCAUUGGUAGCUGUGUAGUAAAGGCCGCAGAAUUCUUAGCGGGGGAGCUUCGUAGUAUGGACCUGAUCAACGGCGACAGACAAGCAAGAAAGGGAAAGCGAUACAAAAAUUCAGGCGUCUUGCUUCUUGAACAGAUUGAGCACUUUAAACGGCACACAUUUGCAGAAUAUCUGCGCGGUGGCUGCGAAGUUAGCUUGAUCGUUGGCAUCGAUUACACAGCUUCGAAUGGUAAUCACGUGGACCCUUCGAGUCUACACUUUGUUGGAGCAAACAACCAAGGUCAAAUGAACGAUUAUCAAGCUGCCAUAUCUGCGACUGGAGCGAUUUUGGAAGACUACGAUUCAGACAAGCGUUUCCCGGUGUACGGCUUCGGUGGGCUGGUCAAUGGAGCCGUGAAUCACUGUUUCCCGUUGACGUUUGAUCCUACGCAGCCGGAAGUGGAGGGUGUUGCAGGGAUUCUGAAUGCAUACUACAACUCGCUUCAAUUUGUACAGCUGCAUGGUCCGACGAUGUUUGCACCUUUAGUGGCCCAAGCUGCAGCGAUUGCUAGAACGUUCUCAGUGCCUGCCGAGCAAAGUGGAGAGCUCAAGUACUUCGUGCUACUCAUUAUCACAGAUGGGGCUAUCAUGGACAUGCAACAGACGAUUGACGAACUGGUGCAGGCUUCGACUCUUCCGUUGUCCAUCGUGAUUGUUGCGGUGGGCAACGCCAGUUUCACCGCUAUGAACGCUCUCGAUGCCGACGGUAAGGUCUUGAUCGACUCCAGAGGGCAACAAGCUGCGCGAGACAUUGUUCAGUUCGUCCCGUUCAAUCAGUUCCGCCGCGAUCCCGCAAGACUUGCUAAGGAAACACUAGCUGAGAUUCCGACACAAUUAUUGCAAUACUACCAAAUGAGGGGCAUCCAGCCACGGACGCCGUUGCGGCGCCAAGGAACCAGUUACCUGAUUAAUGGCUCCAUCGGUGGCGGAAUGGCAAAUGCAUUGGAUGUGUAA